AUGUAUAGCAAUUUCAAAGAACAAGCGAUCGAGUACGUGAAACAAGCCGUACAGGAAGACAAUGCUGGGAAUUACGCCAAGGCCUUUCCAUUAUACAUGAACGCUUUGGAGUACUUCAAGACCCACUUGAAGUACGAGAAAAACCCUAAAAUCCGAGAGGCAAUUACCCAGAAAUUCACCGAGUAUUUGCGCCGAGCGGAGGAGAUUCGGGCGGUGUUGGACGAAGGAGGGACCGGACAGGCCAGUAAUGGGGAUGCGGCGGUGGCGACGAGGCCGAAGACGAAGCCGAAGGAUGGCGGAGAGGGCGGCGAUGGGGAGGAUCCGGAGCAGGCGAAGCUGAGGGCGGGGUUGAAUUCAGCUAUAGUUAGGGAGAAACCGAAUAUCAAGUGGAAUGAUGUGGCGGGACUUGAGAGCGCGAAACAGGCGUUACAAGAGGCGGUUAUUUUGCCAGUGAAAUUUCCGCAGUUCUUUACUGGCAAGAGGCAGCCAUGGAGAGCUUUUCUUUUAUAUGGUCCACCUGGAACAGGGAAGUCAUACUUAGCCAAAGCUGUUGCAACUGAAGCAGACUCGACAUUUUUCAGUGUUUCUUCUUCAGACCUGGUUUCAAAGUGGAUGGGUGAAAGUGAAAAGUUAGUUUCAAACCUUUUCCAAAUGGCUCGUGAAAGUGCGCCAUCCAUCAUCUUCGUUGAUGAAAUAGAUUCCUUAUGUGGCCAGCGUGGAGAAGGCAAUGAGAGUGAAGCUUCCAGACGUAUCAAAACAGAACUACUUGUGCAGAUGCAGGUAUUUGCUCAUAUAGGCAUUGCCUUGAGCUUCCUUUGGACCCAAAAAAAUGAAGAUAUCUAUAGAAAUUAAAAUGCCUUUCGCCAUUAAGCCAUAUACAAUGUGCUCUGAUAUAUACCUGUGUAUAUGUGCAUUUACACAUGUGUGUGCGUGCGCGGAAAGAUUCCAUGUACAAAUGAUGCAGUUGUGCAUAUUAAAGAAUAGGUUUUGUCAGUUUCAUCACUUCUGUUUCUUUUGUUGUUCCUGACUUCCUUGUGCGUUGAAUACUGUAUUUCUUAUUCAUAUGUUUACCCCAUGCAUACACACAAGGAAACAUUAUUCAAUGUUGUGAAAUAUCACCAGGAAGGAUAAGUGUAUGUUAGGCUUAGGGUUGCGAGUGAACUUAUCCAUUCUUGCACAGCUCUACUCCAGCUCAUUUAUCUGAUAAAUGAAUUGAGCUCAAUUUGAGUUUG